AUGCAGGGAGCGGCCAUGACGGGCUUGUGGGCCUUGAGCUUUGCAUUCCUGGCCCUGAGGGCCGACGCUGUUCUGGUCCGCCGUGCAGAUGAGCCCGACAAGCUACGAGAUGUGGAAGCCAUUGCCCCAUUUGGCGACAAGGCAGACGGGCUCUCGCGCCCGCACGUGGAGCUGGUGAACAAGUCUGGCGUGAUAGUGCAGGCGCUUGAUGAGUGCAUUUGCGGCUUCGGCAUGUUCUGGGACAGCGUGUCGCUGAAAUGUGCGCCUCAGCUGACGAAAGGCGUCACCUGCGGUGGCUUUGCGCCGGACGACUGGGCACUGGCGUGCCAGGAUGGCUUGACGUGCAAGCUUCCUCCAGAGUAUAAUGGCAAGGUGGACCGUUCCGUGCUGAAGAAGGCCACCUGCCUGGACUGCGAUGCGAAUGACCGUUGCCAGCUGGGCCGCCAGAUGUGCCAGCGCGUCUUCGCCGUCUCCGGCCAGGCGUGUGUGACUGUGAAGGUCACCGUGCCACAGGCCAAAGCCACGAUGUCGGUGACCAAGAACGUCACCGUGAAGGCCAUCAGCACGAAGAACGCCCAUGCUACUGCCAAGGAGACUGCCACGGUUGCGCAAAAGAGCGUCGAGGAGGAGGCCACUGAGACUGCUUCUGCAAAGAUCCUAGACAGCAACCGCACCCAGCAGGCCACCGCUACACGAACUGCGUCCGCAAGUGCCGUGGUGACGGGCGAGGCAACUGCGGACAUCAAUGUGCCCUACACGCAGUCGGCCAUCAGGACCAGCACAAAGACCCGCACAGCAGAGGGCUAUGCCCAGGGACUGGCCUACGGCACUGCCUGUGCCAGCCCGGAAGGCCCCUUGAGGACACCGGACGCGCAGGCGGCCGCUGCCACCGCCGCUUAUGCCCUCGAGAAGGCCUUCCGCCAGGCGGCCAACUUCGCACUGCGCAAUGCCAAGGCUUCGGCCAUGGCUGAUGCAAAGAGGGAUGCCUUGACGGAGGCUUCCAAGGAGGCCUUCGAGGCGGCCAAGGACGCCGCGAGCGAGGAAGCGAAGGCCGCGGCCGUUUCCAAGGCCGCUGCUGGCGUCAAGGAGAUGAUCGGAACCACUUUUUCGGAGCCUCUUGGUGUGCUGCAGAUGAAUGUUCUUGCAUCGCCUGAGUGCCUGCGAGAGAUGGCGAAGAAUUCUUGCCGGAAGAACAACCACCCGGUCUCAAUCUAUUCCUUCCCAUGCCUUGGAGCAGACAACUGGACGGAGAAGCAGAUGGAGCCCUCCAUGCAGCGCACGAGAGUCAUGAAGGCGCACCAGCUCCCGGGGCCUGGAACCCACACGUUCUCCAACCUGACCACGCAGGCGUACGGAGACUGGAAGAAGGACCACAUGCGGAAGUCCCUGAGCAGGACCGCGAGCGACCACUGGAUCCAUGUGAGCCAGCCCGGCCACGAGUUCUACAAGUCCAACGCAGAGGUCGAGUUUUGCCACCCCUCAGAGCAGCAGGCCAAGUUCCGGACGCCUCACAUCCCCGAGGAUGGAGGUGGCAUCCGGGUGCGCGAGGGCUCCAUCCGCUGGACCCCCUUCCACUUGGGGAAGUACCGUGAGACCUGGACAACCGGGGCUACCGGGGCCCAGCAGUUUGCCAAGCCAAAGCACUGGCCCAGCAUCGGCGGCUUCUACGACCAUGCCGAGGAGGUGGCCGAGCAGACGGCCAAGGCCCGCGCCGUGGCCGCUGCCAAGGAGGCUGCGGAGCAGGUGGCACGCAAGGAGGCCAAGAAGAAGGCUUCCAAGCUGGCCGAGGAGGCGGCACAGGAGAAGGCCGAGCGACUGGCCAAGAAGGGUGGCUCGAAGGAGACCGAAGAGGCCAAGCCCGAACCGAAGGAGCCUGAGAAGAAGCCGGAGGAGGCCGAAGCGAAGAAGGAGCCGGCUGAAGCCGACAAGAGGGAGGAGAAGAAGGAGGAGAAGGAGGAGCAGAAGGAGGAGAAGAAGGAGGAGAAGAAGGAGGACAAGAAACCUGAGGAGAAGCAGAAGAAGGAGGAAGGAAAGAAGGAGGAGGUGGACAAGGAAGACAUGUUCGCGAAGUGGACUGCCAACGAUGCUUUGGAGAAGGAGGCGGCCAAGGAGAAGGAAGCUGCCGCCAAGGAGGCCGCGUCCGAGGCCAAGGAGGCGGCCAAGGAGGAGGAGAAGAAGGAAGCCAUGGAUGCCUUCAAGCGCUGGGCCAAGGAAGGCGAGGAGUCUCAGCUGGUCGCCGAAGCUGCCGCGGAGCGUGAGGCGAAGGAGCUCGCUCGCGAGGGUGCAGACAUCAUCAGGAGGAUGACCAUGCCCGGCGGCCUUCUGGCGGACGAAGUGGCCCAGGAUCGUGAGCUGCCGAAGUACAUGCUGCGAAAGCAGAGCUGA